AUGGAAUUAACAACUGAAGCCCCAUUCAUUAAUAAUAAUAAUAAUAAUAAUAAUAAUAAUAAUAAUAAUAAUAAUAAUAAUAAUAAUAAUAAUAAUAAUAAUAAUAAUAAUAAUAACAAUACUCCUAAUAAUACUUCAUACUCAAACUAUCCACAAAGUGGUUACGUAUAUCAAAACUAUCCAUUAAAUAAUAAUAAUGGAGGUAAUAAUAAUAAUACAAUCUAUUAUAACCAACCACAACAAUAUGAUCCAAACUAUCAAACAUCAGUAACAUCAAAUUCAUAUCCACAAUAUUCAUAUUUUGCUUCCCCAAAUAUUAUUUCACCAAUUCCAUCACCAUGUUUGGGAUCAACACCAUCACCAAUCCCAUCACCAACCAUUUACCAAUAUAGUAAUAAUAGCAAUAAUUAUUGUGCUAUUAACACCCCACCACUUACAUCAGUUCCAUCACCAAUAUUAAACUGUAAUAACAAAAAAAGACCAGAAUUUAAUAAUAAUAACAAUAAUCAUAAUCAUAAUAAUAAUAAUAAUAAUAAUAAUAAUAAUAAUAACUACAAUUAUAAUAAUAGUAAUAAUAAUCAACAACAACAAAAACAACAACAACAACAACAACAACAACAACAACAACCACAACAACCACAACAACAAUCACAACAACAACAACAACAACAACAACAACAACAACAACAACAACAACAACAAUUUAAACAAACCAAUAUAAAUACAACACCAAAAAAUUUAUCGCCUGUUUUGCAAUCGGUAAACUCCUCUGCAUCUUCAACACCACAAAUUCAAUCAUAUUUCCAACAACCACAAUACCAACAACAAUACCAACAACAAUACCAACAACAAUACCAACAAUACCAACAACCACAACAACUAUCAUCAGCAAAUACUACACCACAAACAAAUGAACGUCCAAACUAUAGUAGUAUUAUUCAGCCAAAUCAAUUAUUUUCACAAAUGGUUCCAUCUUUCAUCAAUGGAGCUAUUAAUAAUAAUAAUAAUAAUAAUAAUAAUAAUAAUAAUAAUAAUAAUAAUAAUAAUAAUAAUAAUAAUAAUAAUAAUAAUAAUAAUAAUAAUAAUAAUAAUACUACCACUAAUAAUAAUAAUAAUAAUAAUAAUAAUAAUAAUUAUAAUAACAUUACAUAUUUCCAACCAUACACACCCUUUUCAAUUGUUGAUAAUUCAUCAAUGAUUGUGCCUGACAAACAACCUCAACAACAACAACCCCAACAACAACCCCAACAGCAACAACAACAACAACAACAACAACAACAACAACAACAACAACAACAACAACAACAACAACAACAACAACAACAACAACAACAACAACAAAAUUAUAAUGAUGAUAGUAAUAAAAAUAAUAAUAAUAAUAAUAAUAAUAAUAAUAAUAAUAAUAAUAAUAAUAAUAAUAAUAAUAAUAAUAAUAAUGAAAAUAUUAAUAGCAGCAAUAAUAACAAUAUGUAUAAUAUUUGUCCAGCUGCUGCUUAUCAAAAUAUCCAAUUUAUAAAAGAACAAUCAAACUCUUCUUUAUCAUCAUCACAACCAAUUCCUCCAUUUAAUUUAUAUAAUGAGCAACCCCAACAACAACCCCAACAACCACAACCAACCCAAUCACAACCAAUUCUUUCAUCAUCCUCAACAUCAGUAUUUGAUAUUAAUCAUCAUCAUCAUCAUCAACAACAACAACAACAACAACAACAACAACAACAACAACAACAACAACAACAACAACAACAACAACAACAACAACAACAACAACAACCACAACCAAAUUUAUCAUCAUCAUCAUAUGCUGAUAAUAAUAAUUCAUUCCAAUCAUCUAGUGGUAAUGUUUGGGAAUCACAAUCAUCACCAAUUCAAUCAUCUGUUCAAAUUUCAUCACCACCACAAUCAAAUCAAUCCUCUAUUGCACCAGCUCCUGCUGUUAAUUUGAGUGCCUCUGCUUCCUCGGUUGCCACCACUACAAAACAAUCAAAUGUUAAAAAACAAAAACAACAACAACAACAACAACAACAACAACAACAAACUAAACGUCAAGAGUUAUCUGAUAGUGAAGAUGAUACUGAUAAUGGUGAUGAUAUUGAUGAAGAUGAUGAAGACGAUGACGAAGAUGAAGAUGAUAUGGAAGAUGAAGACACAUCAUCCUCCUCAUCCUCAUCCUCAUCCUCCUCCUCAUUAUCUAAAAAAUCACCAGCUGUUAAAAAAUCUGGUUUGAAAAAGUCUGGAAGAUCAAAAUCAUCGUCAAAUGAAUCAAAAGCCAAAGGACAUUGGACAAAAGAAGAAGAUGAAAAAUUGCGUAGUUUGGUGGAUUUACAUGGUACCAAAAGAUGGAAGUAUAUUGCAUCAUUGUUAUGUUUACGUAAUGGUAGACAGUGUAGAGAGAGAUGGUCCAAUCAAUUGGACCCAUCCAUUAAAAGAGAUGCUUGGACCUUGGAGGAAGAUAGAAUCAUCUUGGAUGCUCACUCUAAAUAUGGUAAUAAAUGGGCUGAAAUCUCUAAACUCUUGCCGGGUAGAACUAAUUGCGCCAUUAAAAAUCAUUGGAACUCCACUAUGAAAAGAAAAUUAAGUAAAAAACAAUAUGACUUCUCAUCGUUGCCACCAAUCUCUUCCUCCAUUGUAAGUGAUAAUUCCUCAUCUUUGUCAACUCCAACUGAUUCAAUUUCAUCUUCACCUUCAACUUCACCAAUUACUUUAAGUAGUAAUGUAGUUGUAAAUGAUUUUGAUUCACAACAACAACAACAACAACAACAAACUUAUCAACAACCACCACCACAAUCACAAGAUAGUGGCAAUAAUCAAUUCAAUUUUAAUAAUAAUAAUAAUAAUAAUAAUAAUAAUAAUAAUAAUAAUAAUAAUAGUGUUGAGUCCAUUAAAUUAUAUACAAAUGUAAAUAUUUCAUACAUUUAA